AUGGCCGACGAAGCGGGGGCGGAGACGGCGCGGCGGCACCUGUCGCUCGCCGUCGCGGACGACUCGGUAGAGCCGGACUAUGGCACGCGCGAUGGGCCAAAGGACUCACGUUCUGGCGUGAGCCGCAUCGACUCGGCGGCCGGUGCAUUUGCACGGACCCUGGUCAGCUCGCUCUCGUUCAUGUUCCAGCGCCCGAUCCGCUUAUUUCGGCCAGUGCAGUUGGCAAACGUCGCGAUUGGAUUCACCCUCUUUCAGACGUACACGCUCACCGAGGACCUCCUCCUACGCCGCAGGCACGCGGAAGACGAAAACGUCAAGACAGGCACUUUUACGCCGAUGCUCAUUGUCGCCGUUGCAGGCGCCGCGGCGGGCGCCGCGCAGUGCAUCAUCGCGGCACCGCUGGACAAUAUGCGCCUUGUGCUGCAGCGCCUGCUCGUGCGCGACGUCAGCAAGGGCACCACGAUCCCGGCCAUCAUCCGGCACCCGCUCGGGACCUGGCGCACGAUCCUCCAGGCGGCCAUCCUCCCGUUCCUCCCGGAACGCUGGUACCACCGCCUGAUUUUGCGCAUGACGACACCCACCGUCGCGCGCGAGCCCAAGACGUCGACCGUCUUUCGACACCUGCCGCACCACCUGCGCCUCUUGUCGCGGCGCGUGCACGGCAUCAGCUUGAUGCUCUCGCUGCUGCGUGACUCGGCCGGCUUCUCGUGCUUCUUUGUGUCGUUCGAGUGUGCGCGCCGCAUCGCAUUCCACGCAUCGCUCGCGGUAGACAAUAUCGUGCGCACGCUGCGCCGCGCAGGGCCGGGAGCCUUGGCUCGGCCCAAGGACACCGAGGAGCACGGCACGGUGCACCUCGACUUUUCGUUCAACGCAAGCCGUACAGUGUACGGGCGCUUCACCGCUGCACUGAUCCUUGUGUGCGGCGGCGCGAUCGGCGCGCUGCUCUACGAACUCGUCAGCCGCCCGAUCGAGUACAUCCGCAUGGUCCUGUGGUACGGCCUGCACGUCCCUCAGCGCCCACGCUCGCGCGCGGCGUCGGCAAUGGGCGAGCCAGCGAAGAUGCGCGUGCCGCCGCACCGCCAGGCGUCGGUCGCCUACACCGUGCGCCCGGUCCGCACCAUGUACCCCGUGCCCCGCGUCUCCCAUACCCAGUCGGUGCGCCGCCUGCGCCCGCUCCGCCGCCGCGUGCGCCUGCCGCACCUGCUGAACAGCGCGCGGGAGAACGUCGUCGCGGCCUCCGCACCGCAUACGCCGCGCGCCACGCCGCGUGCGCCGCGCGAAGUGCGCGCGAUGCGCGCGCGAUUCAAGGCGCGCACGAAACGCUACUCACAGAGCACGAUCGAGAAGCUGUUCAGGUACGCGCGCCUCACGGCGCCGCCGGGCUCGCGCGCGACGGGGCUGCGCCUGCUCGCUCAGACCUACUUCCUGCGGCCGUUUGUCUACCCCGAGCUGUGCAAGUCGUCUGCGCCGCGGCCGUGGGGCGCCGCGCCUCCCGCGCUGCCGCCGCCGCCGACGUCGCUGCUGAGCGCGAUGCGGCCCGAGCCGGGCUCGCUGGGCGCGCGCCUCGUGCGUGCGGUGCGAUCGUAUGGCCCGCGCGCGACGCGCGUCGCGGCGCCGCUCGGCUACCUGCUGAAUCGCCUCGCCUCGCCGUACGGCUGCGCUUUCCUUGUAUUCGCCUGGAUGGGAGGCGACCUCGGCUAG